AUGGCCUCAAUCCAAACAAUCCUCCCUUCAGAGACCAUCACCCCAGCCAAGAUGAGACUCGCCACACCAGAAGAAAAGACAGCGGGAGAUCACUCUUGCCAAAAUGGGCCCUUGAUGGAUAAGCUCACAGAAAGCAGGGAAGAAAGGAAAACACCUAAACACCAGAAACCGAGACCCCGCUCUCCACUAAACCUCAUCGAAGAAAAAUACGCUGAUAACGAGUGGCACUUCCUAGUCGCCUGCAUCUACGAUGCCCGCACCGCAGGCCCCAACGCCCCCCGAAUGCUCCAAUGGCUGCUACAGCGCUACCCAGACCCCGAAGCCAUGCAGUGCGCCAAACAGGUUGAUAUCCUGCGUUACUUCAACGCACUAGAUAUGCAGGCGCGCGUGGCGCGGUUGAAGCAACUGGCUGACUCGUAUGCGCGGUAUCCGCCGAAACUGGGAGUUGUCACGCAGAAGAAGGAUCGGUUUGGGAGGGAGGGGUUUGAGAGCGAGAUUGCGCAUUUGAAGGGUCUAACGAGGUAUCAUGAUGAUGCGUGGAAGAUCUUUUGUCGGGAUGGGCUUUAUGGGAGGGAGUGGGAUGAUGAGGAGGCGCAGUGGGGGGAUGUUGACCCUGAGGAUCCGUAUUUGAAGGCUUAUGUGGAGUGGUUGGGGGAGGAGGGGGAGAUCAAGCAGGAGAUCAAGCAGGUGGGUAUUGAGGAGACUGUAAACAUGGGUAAUAGGCCUAACAUCUUAUCUGGCAGGCUGCGUCUGCGACUGUUCUCUGACUUGGGAAUCUGGCUUGCUCUUGGGCUAGGGCUUGCGUACAACUGGCGUCUCAUGGAGUUCAACAUCAUCAGAUUUUACCGCCUGUUUCAAUGUGAUAUAGCGCUUGGGGAAGUACAACAACGCUAG